AAUCACCUUCUUCCUCAUCAUUACUGGAAUUUCUUUUCAUUUUAGCAUAGAGUGUUACUGGGUAAGACCUUUUAACCAACAUCAUGCUGUUGAAAAAGUUCUAUUUAAGUGUUGAUGUGAUUGCACAGGGUUGGCAGUAAUCAGGUCUGGUUGUGUCUAGUCCAGCUGAACCUCAUUAUGAAUGCAGUUUCAUAGAUUUGGGAAAUUAGUAACUACGGGGGCAAAUACAUUUUCACACAGGCCCAGUUGUUAUUGAAUAACUUUUUUGCUUCAAUAAAUAACACAAUAAAUUUAAAAACAUAUUUUGUGUUUACUCAGGUUGCCUUUGGUUUAUCUUAGAUUUGUUUUCAUUUCUGAAACAAUUUAGUACGAGAUAAACACAAAAACAGAAGAAAUCAAAUACUUUUUCACAGCACUGUAUGAGACACCCCGUUUAAUAGCUAUACAGCAUAUGAGUUUGACUGAAUUUAGGUACAAAUUGAUAGCAGUGACGAUUAAUUAAAAGAUUAAUUAAAAUAUAUAUUACGUAUUACAUACUUCCAAAGAAAUUGGUCUAAUUUUAUUCUGUGUUUAGAAAGUCAUCAGCAGCAUGAAGGCCAAACUCAACUAAACUAUUUUUGCUUAAGCCAGACAGAACAAAAUGUAUUAAAGUGUUAAAUGAAAUAGUGGCCUUGUUCUAGGUUCUACUACCUGCCCCAGACAAAAAAUUGAACAAAUAAAAUGUAACAUUCUGUGUGAUCAAGUGGUAUUUACCAAGGUUAAACGGUAUCUGUUGGGGCUCAGUAAACUGCCUGGGUAAAACCUGAACUAUUUUACAAAGGUAGAUGAAGAUUAGGGAUCUAUGAUUGGCAUUGUAAAUGUAGUUUGUUCUAUAUUUAAUGAGCCAUUAUUAUUCUGCCUUAUAAAGUGGUGAAGACUGAUCAUAAUCAAGGCCAUUUCCAAUUUAACAGCUGACACGUAUCAUUUCCCCCUUUCCUCAGUUCCUAUUACUCUCCUUUAAUUCCUGCGCUAAGAGUCCUUGAUUUUCUGCAGAGUGCAUGCAACGGUAUGAAUUGAGCUGAGAAGAGCUAGAGACCAUGUGGCACUUGGCUGACUCAGAGUUGGACCGAAGAUGGAUUAGGUGUAAAUGUGACUCGUCACGACAGAGGGCUCAGCUCGAAAUGGAUGUUUGGGCGAACGAAUCCGACUCCCGCAAGUAGAUGCUUUGGCUUAAGACAGAUGGAGGGGAAUGGUGGUGAGGUGCAGAGUUUCGGUUAAGUGAAAUCACACAUUUAUUUAAAGGUUAGGUCAAGGGUAAGCAUGUUAAGACAGGUAAUCACUAGGAUACAUACUGUCCAGCCGAGAUGAACUUUAGUGCUCUGAAUGCUGUUCAUUUGGUUUGUGAAGUAAUAAAAUUCACAUUAGUAGACAAAUUUGACUAUUUUGAGGGAAUUACGAAACAUUUUGUGUAAUUUGUGUUAUACUGUAUUGUUUUUAGUCUGGCACAUUAGAUUGUAAAUGGAACGAUGACAGUGAAGUUAAAUGCAGAAUAUUUGGUAGUCAUAAUAAUGGUAGUCAUUUCAUACGUACAGUACAGUAUGUCAGGAGAUGUAAUUUAAUAAAUAAAUUACUGUCAAAUAUCAUAGAGAUAAAAGCCCUGCCCCCUCUAUUCAAGCAGACAGGAUCAAAUCAUGAUAUCAGUGAUGAUAACAUUAUCAGUGUUAUUUGUAUUCAAGGCAUAUCUUAUAUUCGUUAUCAGAACACCCAUGGUCUUCAGUGAAAUGCAUGCUGAAUGGAAUUUGGGAUGAUUGACUGACUUGGACAGUUAGGAACAUUAUACCCUUAAACCCUGAGAAGCUCAUAAGUUGCUUUAGUGUGCUUUGGGUCAUUAUAGUGCUGCAGGGUGAAACACAUUUUCAGGCAUUUGGCCGGCUUCGAGCAUUUAAGAUGGUGCCGUACACAUCAGAAUUCACUCUGAUGCAGUUUUGCUCUCAGACCCUUAUGCCACCAUGUUUCACAUACCCAACAGUAAUGAGUUCUCUAAAAUCAUCUGCUUUAAAUAAGUUUAAACUAAAAUGGAUUUAAUAAAACCUUAUCUAUUAAUUCAAUUACACCAAACUUAAAACCUUAUUUAAAAUGAAUCCAUAUUUGGUUGAAGCCAACCUUUAAUCCUGGCUUAUGUGGUACAUUUUAAUUAACUUUAAGUCUGUUGUUCCUUUAGUUCAAACUCACGUUUCAAUUUCAGUUAGGUAUUCAUUUUAAUUCAUUGCAGAUGAUGUGGAUUUUUUAAAUGGCAAUAUAUAUUAGAUGGAUUUCAGAAGCAAAAGAGUUCUACAAAGACUUAAAACUAAACAACAAAUCGUUGAAUAGAUCUAAAUUGUGUUUAUUUCUUUUCUUUUCUUUUUUUUUAUUUCAGCUCAAACAAUCUCCAGUUUCAUUUCUACUGAACAUUUCUACUGAACAUUUCUGCUGAAUAUUUCUACUGAUCAUUUCUACUGAACAUUUCUUCUGCUCAUUUCUACUAUUUUAUGUUUCUAAACAUUUCUAAAUUGUGUUUAAUUGAUUUCGUUUUGGUGCAGCUCACCCGUAAUGCUGUGCGUGCCUAUGUGUCUAACAUGUUGUCCUACUUUACUGUCACUGACAUUUCUUUUGUCCAACAACCUGUUGAAAAUGUCCUAACAACACAAAUGUAGUGCUGACAUUUCUGAGAUGUGAAUUUGAUAUCUAUGGCAUUAAAAUAGUCCUAUCUUUUUGUCAACAUGAGUUAAAUUCACCACUGAGUGUAUAUGAUAAGUUUUCAUGCAUUCAUUCUUUCAUUAAUUUUCAGCAAAUGCUUUAUCCUGGUCAGAGUUCUGUGGCCUAUUACAGGAACCCUGGGCAUAAGACAGAUAGAAUCUCAGAGCAUGGGUUGGAAAGGUAUCUACAGGCUUUUAAUGUCGUUUGUAUUGUGGAUAACCACUGUUGGUGGAGCGGAGCCUAAAGCCGAACCAACCACAGACUUUUCUCUCACUCCUGCUAUGGGGGUGAUGGAGGGGGAACGCCAGAUCAUGACUGAAUCUCAGUAUAAAUGCCUGGAGCUGUUGAGCAGAGAUGGGAUACGCAAUAAAACAGUUUCCCACUGUAGCCGGUUUUGGGAUGGCUGGCUGUGCUGGGAUGAAACUCCUGCUGGAUCUUAUGCUUCUCAGAGCUGUCCAGACUACCCCACUUUUGACACCUCAGAAAAAAUAACCAAAUAUUGUGAUGAAUCUGGUAAUUGGGCUUACAGCACAUCAAUAAAUAAUACCUGGUCUCAGUGUCUCAGCAUCUCAAAGAACAAAUCAAAGAAAGAGUCUGUUUAUGGUGAUAUGGAGCCGGAGGCUGAUACCACAGCGGAAACACUGGUCAGUCCUGUGGAAACUCAGAAAGCAGAGGAGAGGAAGAAAAUCAUUGAUGGUCAAUAUAAAUGCUUUGAGAAAAUGAACAGAGACCCGCCAUAUAACAAGUCAGGCCCGUACUGUAACCGGACAUGGGAUGGGUGGCUGUGUUGGGAUGAUACACCAGCAGGAGCUUAUACAUCUCAAAACUGCCCCAACUACUUCCCUGACUUUGACCCCACAGAAAAGGCCAUAAAAUAUUGUGAUGAGACUGGGAACUGGUUUCUACAUCCUGAGACAAACAGGACAUGGUCCAACUACACCCUCUGCAUUGCCUACACUAAGGACAAGUUAAAGAAUGCAUACAUUCUGUACUAUAUGGCAAUCGUGGGUCAUGCUUUGUCCAUUGCAUCCCUCCUCAUCUCUCUGGGAAUAUUCUUUUACUUCAGGAGUCUAAGCUGCCAAAGGAUCACCUUGCACAAGAAUCUCUUCUGCUCUUACGUGCUCAAUUCAGCCUUCACUAUAAUCAACCUCACAUGUGUGGUCAGCAACCCUAAAGUGGUGGAGAGAAACCCGGUUGGUUGUAAGGUGCUACAGUUCUUCCACAUGUACAUACUGGGCUGUAACUAUUUCUGGAUGCUGUGUGAGGGCAUCUAUCUGCACACUCUUAUAGUGGUGGCGGUUUUUGCUGAAGAGCAGCACCUUCACUGGUAUUAUCUCUUAGGAUGGGGUUUUCCCCUGGUACCUGCCUCCAUCCAUGCAGUGGCAAGAAAAAAGUAUUUUGACGACAAUUGCUGGAUGAGCGUAGAGACCCAUCUGCUGUAUGUGGUUCAUGGACCCAUUGUAGCAGCUUUAGUAGUUAACCUGUUCUUUCUGCUGAACAUUGUGAGGGUUUUGGUGCUGAAGCUGAAGGAUACCCAUCGUGCAGAGUCCAACAUGUAUAUGAAAGCAGUACGAGCCACUCUCAUUCUCGUGCCCUUGUUAGGAAUCCAAUUUGUCAUAUUUCCAUGGAGGCCAGAAAACCGUUUGGCUGGAGAAGUAUACGACUAUAUCAUGCACAUAUUACUGCAUUACCAGGGCUUGCUGGUGGCAACAAUAUUCUGCUUCUUCAACGGAGAGGUUCAGGCUACUCUGAAGAGGCAGUGGAUGCAGUACAAAGUGCAGUGGGGUCAGCGACGCCGAGAGCACUGGUCCAUGCGCUCCACUUCGUACACCACCACGUCCAUCACAGAGGUGCCUGCUUUCAUGUUCCACUAUGACAACAACAGUGAACACUUGAAUGGCAGGCAUGUCGAUGACUCAGCGUGAACAUGUGGCUCUCAAGGUCAAACACACCUACACCUGAGGCACAAAGCAUCAGAGAAAUAUAUGAGAAACUAUUUUUUUCAAAGAAUGCCAUAAGAAAGAAGGAAACAAAGGAAACUGGAGACUCUGUUACUAGAUCACAUGUACAGUCCUUGCAGAUUCUCCCAUCUCAGGGUGACAACAUGACACUCAGUACAUGUGUGUUGGCAGCAGUGUCUCACUAAGGUGUGUCCUGAAGUGUACACUACCAUUCAAAAGUUUGGAAUCAUCUGUUAUAUAUUCAACAUAUGUUAUUAUAUUUACGAAAAACAUAUACCAUAUAUUACACACAGAAAUAUUUUUAAAGGUUUUAUAUAAUAUUUAAAAGAUUUUGGGGGGAAAACAGUGUUAUUAAAUGAUAAAUCAUAUACAGAAAUUAUAUAUGCUUAUACGACAGCAUUGUUGAAUUCUCAAAACUGGUUGGUCAAAAGGUGUUGAUUAAUUUUCUAUAACAGCAGCGCUGACAGUAGUCGAAAGAAUUUCGUCUUAAUUAUUUAGGAAAUUAACAGUUGUAAUCGUUAGGAAAUUGCUGUGAUACAGUUGCAAUCAAAAUGAUUCGACCCCCAUUGCAGAUCAGGUUUAUUGUCAAAAUUUACAGACUUUCAGCUGUUUGCAAUGAACAAAUCAAACAAAAGCAACUGAAAUAGUUCAGCACAACGAAUGCUUCAAGUGGUUUCCACAAAUUCAACUGAAAAUGCAACUUAUAAUGACUUCUCCAGUUUCAAAAUUAUUCAACCCCUUCAUGGCGAGCAUGUUUAGUACUUAGUAGACUUAGCACGCUUUUGCUGUUAUGACCUGCUGCAAACGAGAUGCAUAGCUUCUGGCUGCGUUCCUGAGGAAUCUUAACCCAUUCCUCAUGAGCAAUGGCCUUCAGUUCAGUAAUAUUCUUGGGUUUGCGUGCUGCAACCGCCUUCUUCAAAUCCCACCACAGAUUUUCUAUGGGGUUCAAGUCAGGUGACUGUGAUGGCCCUGUAGAAUCUUCGAGGACUUCUUCUGCAACCAAGACUUGGUGGAAUUUGAGGUAUGCUUGGGAUCAUUGUCCUGUUGGAAGGUCCAAUGACGCCCAAGCUUCAGCUUCUUCACAGACGGUAUGACAUUUUCUCUUAGGAUUUCCUGAUACUUCAGUGAAUCCAGCUUGCCUUCCACACACUGCAGGUUUCCAGUGCCAGAGGAUGCAAAGCAGCCCCAGAGCAUCACCGAGCCACCACCAUGCUUGACUGUGGACAGAGUGUUCUUUCUUCAUUCUUCUGCCUCCAGACAUACCGCUGAUCCAGCGUGCCAAAAAGUUGUUUCAUCGCUCCACAGAACAGAAUCCCAAAACUUCUGUGGCUUAUUUAUAUGAUUUUGAGACUACUUUUCUUGUGCUUUUGGGUCAGUAGUGCUGUACGUCUUGGAGUUCUGGCAUGGAAACCUUCUGCGUUUAAUACGCGCCUUACUGUGCUCACUGAAACCUCAGCGCCUGUCACCACCAAGUCUUGCUGCAGGUCUUUUGCAGCCACUCGAGGGUUUUUCACAACCUGCCUUCUCAGAAAUCUGGUUGCAGCCAUUGAUAUCUUCCUUUUUCUGCCCCAUCCAGGUACUUCAGAUAUUUUCUACCCCUAGCCAGUUCAGGUAUUUCAUGUGUUCCAGCUCAAGCACACCUGGUGCAACUAAUGAAGCCCUUGAUUAAUUGCAUCAGGUGGAGACACUACCUAUUUUGCAUAUUUGUGCUGUUGUGAGGGAUCCUAUUCAGGGGUUUAAAUAAUUUUGAGACUGGAGAAAUCAUUAUAAGUUGCAUUUUUAGUUGAAUUUGGGGAAACCACUUGAAACAUUCGUUGUGUUGAA